AUGUCUGUUCCGGCCGUUUUGCUUGCGGAUAAUCUCCUAACGGUGGAAGAUUGCAAUCAAACUAGUGACACGUUCGGAGAUGCAGCUGCCGUCACAACACAUAGCAGGGCCGAUGCAAACCCCAACCCCGAUAUUUUAGGGAAAGAUGAAGUUGUUACGCCGAGCUGCGUACCAAUGCUCCGGUCAUUCAGUGUUCUGGUAAAAGAUGAACUCGAAUCCAAUGAAUAUAUGGGCUUGACAGGAGAUCACAAGGCUUUAGGUGAAUGGCGAUUGGAGGACGCCGUUACUCUGGAGCGAAGAAAUGAUACCAUGGAAUGGACAGCUAAAGUCCUGCUGCAGGCAUGUCGAAACAUCCAUUAUCGUUAUUUCACUUACGUCAAGGAUCAGAAAGGUCAGAGGCACAUACGGCUCUGGGAGAGCCACAUGAAACCACGUUCCGUUGGCAGCUGUGCCAAUCACUGUCCACAAAUCGAUGUGUUUGGGCAGAACGAAAGCGGCGAUGUGCAAUUAAAUAGAGGAUGGAUAACAAAUGAAAUCAUUCAUCAGUUCAAAUUCGAAAGAGAACACAUGUUUCAGGUCCACGACAUUGAAAAGUUUGACCCAGAAAAUGUGUUGAUCAAGUUGGUUCCAUUGGAAACGGAUCUGCAUACAGUAUUGGAUGUCUCAGCGGUUGGUGUAAACGUUGAAGUGGUCAAAAUGAACAACGGCGAGAGUCUCCUGCAGAAACAAAACUCACAGGGAGUGACGCACAAACGCAAUGAGGUUGUAAUAUUCCACGUGACAGUUCCUACGACAAUUAAUCCGGCGUACGCUUUGUUAUUUCAUACUGCAGAUGGAAGGCUAAUGGGUAGAACGGUUAUAGACGCAUCCCAGCUGGAGGGUAGUGAGGGAGAAAUUGAACUAAAAAUUAUCACAGAGGGGGAGAAAAGUGGAAGCGAAUCGGCGGUCAUAGCGCGGUUGAAACUGCCAUUUUUGGUUGUAAGGCCUUUCAGCAAUGUCGGAAUUUUAGAUUUUCGCACAACGUAUGCCCAUUACUGGCCAAAAAGCUGGCCAAUCUUAGAUGUUGGUCACAGGGGAAAUGGAAAAAGUUAUAUCGUCAAUCCUCCAGAGGAACGAGAGAAUACGGUGGCAUCAUUUCUGAAGGCCUACGAAGUUUUUGCCGAUAUGGUCGAAUUAGAUGUUCAUUUGACUUCGGAUGGGGUACCUGUCAUAUACCAUGAUUUUGGGCUACGAACUGCUCCUCAAGGAAAACUGGUCACCGAUGUUUCCCAACUGGAGUAUGUCCUAAUAAAAGAUGUCACCUAUGCUGAGCUAUGUGCAUUGCGAGUCUUCGCAAUCAUCAACAAUGAAAUUAAUGAAUACCCCUCGCACAAUUCGGAGCCAGUAGCUGAGCGACGUAUAUUCCCACGCUUGGUCGAUGUUCUGCAAGCAUUGCCCAAAACAUUGGGCAUUGAUGUCGAAAUAAAGUGGCCGCAGCGAAAGAAGUGUGGCGGUGUUGAGGCAGAGCAGACACUUGAUAAAAACUUUUUUGUAGAUCGGGUCGUGGAGACGAUUAUACACAAUGGAUGCGGCAGGCCACUAAUAUUCUCCAGCUUCGAUGCUGACAUAUGUACCAUGCUGCGCUUCAAGCAGAAUAUAUUCCCUGUGAUGUUCCUUUCGAUGGGCGAAACCAAGAAGUGGGAACCUUUCCUCGACCUCCGUACAAGAACUUUCCAACAUGCUCUGAACAAUGCUCAGGCAUUCGAGUUGGCAGGCACAGCUCCCCAUGCCGAAGACUUUAUUGACAAUGAGAAUGCCGCUGCAAUGAUGUCUAAGGCUCGAUCAUUGGGCCAAAUUGCGCUGGUAUGGGGUGAUGACUGCAAUUCCAAAGAGGCCGUCAAAUAUUUCCAGAAAAUAGGCGCUACCGCUACCUGUUACGACCGCAGCGAUCUCUACAUGCCGGAACAUAAAAAUCGAUCUUUCUUUAAUUCCACCCUAUCCCUUGACGAAUUCCAAGGGCAGUGCCGUCAGUAG